AUGGGAGCCGUCCUCGCGGAGGGAGGAGACAACUCCCGCGUACCAUCGUGCUCGGCAUUGUCUACAGCCCUGUUCGCUGCUACGUUGGCGUCACGUUACAACGACGCAGCGGCCGUGAUCCGUCUUCUGGAAGUCUGCGGGCGUGGGAUAGCAGACGUGCGCGACGACAACGGCCGGACACCCCUUCAUCAUGCCUGCCGCGGAGACGACGCUGGAUUAGUCCGCCUUCUCCGGCGGGCUGGAGCCGAUCCCGACGCUCACGACUGCCAGGGGAACUCGCCCUUAGCAGUGGCCGCUGCCACGGGGAGUCUGGCAUGUCUGCAACUCUUGAUUCAGGGAGGAAGCGACGUCAACAGCGCCAACGAAGCUGAGGACACACCGCUACACCUUGCGGUGGGAUUCAGUAGCGUCCCGAACGAUAGAGUGGGUACAUGUACCCACCCGAAUACGUUCCACCCGGGGAAUGCUAUCAAUCAUGUGGCCUCGGAGCCAUCAUUGGGCGUACGUUGUCUUGAAUAUGUUCAUCAAGGCCGACGACGCUCUGCCUCCUUUCCCACCAACACGCUUGAUCUUGGCCCGAUCCAGGUACGGCACGGCAAUCUUUCGUGUGUCAAAGCACUAGUGGAGGGUGGUGCGAAGCUCAGUCGGCGUAACACCCUGGGAUUUACCCCCAGGGAAGAUCUGCUCAACUCAGAAACCAUGUUUGCUAGGGGCCGGUUGCCCAAGGUUCUUCGAGCAACGUUGGCCUACGUUCAAGACGCCGAGGCCUCAGCACCACAGCCCCAAUGGCAGGCAUCAGCACCACAGUCCCAGUCCCCAACAUGGACAGCUCAGGAUGGCUACGGAUCUGAAGACACACCGGCCACAGCCGUUUCUUCUCGCCGAAGCUCCAUCGGUGGUCACUUUCGCCACGCCUUCGACGCUAACUUCGACUCCGACGCCCAACCCCCUUCCGAGGGAGAGAGACCGCUUCAGCAAAUUAACACUGCCAGCGCUAGUGGGAAAGAAACCGAGGCCUUGCAUUACUACAGGCAUCACGCGAAGGGGAAAGCGCACGCAACCGCUACGGAUCGGCUAGAGCGCAAUCGUGAUUGGGAUCUUCGGGAAUUGCAAGGAAGCGGGAACGUUCUUGAGAGGCGGAAUGAAGACGAGUCUGUUUCCAACGGCAGCCGUCGAGGGAAUUGCAAUAGGUUGGUACCGGUCUCUAUGGUACUUGACUGGGCAACAGAUCCUUUAUUCGGGUAG